AUGAACAAAUUCUCCUUGCUUGCUUUUUUCCUUGCUGCCGCCGUUUUCCAGUCUGCUGAUGUCAAUGCCCAGACGACGCAGGUCUGUGAGGAAGCGUGCGCCGAAGACUUGAGAAUCAACUGCGACGAUUUGCUCGCUCAAUACACAUUUCAAGGAAGUUGCUGCUCCUUGACGCAGAUUACUGCCUACGAUGGCUGCCGUGUGGAAGUGGGCUUCGGAAACUGCUACUGGUUCCCCAAGUGUGAGGAAUGUCCACUGCGUACCGAAGGCCGAUGGAAUAAUAUCAAAUGCGGUUUGGAAUACCAAGGCGCUGAGGGUUUUGCAUGUCCAGCCUCCGAAUAUCCUACCGUCUGGAAGAAUCCUUACCCUGAAGGUCCUUGGAACGACUACUCGUGCUCUCCUACUGCGGCUCCAGCGGUUCAGACUGCCCCACCCGAUUCCGCCUCAGCUUCCACCUCGGUCCGUAUGAUGGCAGCGUUGGGAGCUGUCGUUGCAGUGGCACAAAUGUAA